UUUUCGCCACAAAUUGCCUCUCAUUUCGGGUGACAAUCGCUCACAACUGAUGAUCAGUUGAUCCCAAGAGUUGUGUCUCAUAUCUGUGACCGGAAAGCACGCCAUCGAAGACAUCGACGACAAUGUUUGGCUUAGAAGAGGCGGGAAUUCCGGGCAAAGAAUAUCUUCGCGAUUCGCUGACCAAUUGUUCGGAUCCGUUGAAAGCGAUCGAAGACUUCCAGACAGAGAAUGGUAUUCUUCUGCCGUCAUUGCGACCAAUGCUUCCGUUGCUUGACUUGCAUGGAGUGAAACGACAGGACUUCCACUUCUCAGUGCUCGAAGAGUUGCGCGAAAAGCUGAUCAUUCGUAUCGACGAUAUGAACAAAUUGGAGACCAAAGAGCGCGAGAAGAAGUUGAAAGAGUUGUUGAAUAAGAGCUUUCCGUUGAUUCGCGUGCCGUCACUACAGCCCGUCGUUAUGGCUAUUAUGAAGAACUUGGAUAUCGUUGAAGACAAAUACCUGAACCAAUUGGUGGCCGACAAGAGUCUGUACGAGAAGUGCGACGUUUCGGUGAAGCGCCAGAUAUGGCAACAGCACCCGACCCUCUUCGGCGACGAGGUCUCACCCAUUCUCAGCCAAUACAUCAAAGAGAAAGAGUCCCUAUUCUUCAACUUUAAGGACACAAACAAAACGUUUUAUGUGUUGACACCGAAAGUCCGGCGACAGAACCCUAUAAUCCAAACGUUGGUCAAAAUGGUCGGCAAGAAUGUCCUCCUUUACGAUACGAUUCUGCAAUUCUUGCGGACACUCUUCUUGCGGACGAAGAAUGUCCACUACUGUACGCUUCGAGUGGCGCUUCUCAUGGCGUUACACGAUUGCGAAGUGCAAGACAUCACUGGAAUGGAUCCGUGCCAUAAGUUUGGCUGGUGUUUGGACGCGUGUAUUCGGGAACAGAAUGUGGACCCGAAGCGGUCCCGAGAGCUACAGGGCUUCCUGGAGGGCGUCCGCAGAGGACAGGAGCACGUGUUGGGCGACAUAUCGAUGACUCUAUGCGAUCCGUAUGCCAUCAACUUCUUGGCGCUGUCGUGCACGAAGAUCAUCAACCAUCACAUCCAGAACGAGAGUCUCGCCCGAGAGAAUCACGUUCUCAUGCUUUUGCUACGAAUGCUGAACUUAGGUCUUCACAGUUGGGAUGUACUCAACUCACAGGUCUUCCGUGAGCCGCGUCUCGAACCCGAUCUCAUCACCAAAUUUGUUCCGAUUCUCAUGUCUUUCAUAGUCGACGAUCAGGUGAGGAAUGUUAACGCAAAGCUUCCGCCCGACGACCGCGAGUCGGCGCUCGCCAUCAUUGAACACUCGGGUCCUCCGCCCGACUCAUAUCAACAGUUCAUCUCUGAGGACAGAUUGGCCUCAAUUUUGGCCAUUUAUUACACUUUACAAGUGACUAAACAAAAGGACAAACAGGCAGUGAUGCGAGUGUUGGGAACUCUGGCCGCCUCUCACGACAACCGAGCGCUCGACGACCAAUACUUACAUAUUUUGGUCAAUAAUCUGAUAUCAAUGGCCGAAGACUUUUCGAGCGAAGAGUUUUGCGCCGUAGUGUUGGAUGAGGUGUUUAUACCGGCGCUCACUUACGGCAAUGUUGUCCACCAUAUGAUGAAACUGUUGUCUCACACGUAUCAACACAUCCCAAAGCAAAGGCUGGAAAAUACAAUCAAAAUUCUCGAGUCCUUCUCAUAUCAUAACGAAAACAGUAAAACACUUUUCACAGAAUUGCAAACAAAAGUCACGGAAUUCCUGACGAGAGUCGAGACAACGCCUCAACAGUCGUCCCAAAACAGCUAAGCCUUGGAGUGAAACGAUUUAUUCUUUGUAUACAAAAUCACGUUUCUUUCAAAUAUAUAAUUAAUAUUUAAUUUUUUAAAUAAAAUGAUUGCAAAAUCCUUUUGACAAUA